AGUGCCUCGCUGGGCCCCGCGCUGUCAACUUUGUCGGGGCUGACGUGCGUCGAGUUACGCCGGCGGAGAGACGUAGUCAGCAACUAACGAUAAACCGAAAUCCAAGGUGCAACGCGAAAAAAGUUCACCACCACCGCCACCACCACCACCUUUCCUUGCCCCAGCUGACGCCAGUUUAUAAGUUAAAACGCGUGAACGUGAACCUAGAUCCGAUCAUUCCCUCGGCGGUGCAGUACCUGGUAUUGAUACAUUGUUCAGUAACGGGGUGCAAUUUAACUGCAACGACGGAAGCGAAAUAAUGAGAAGAAGAAAAAACGUGCACGAGAUGUUUCAAGAUUUCCUUCAACUACCAAAACCCUGCAGUGCUGUAAUUCCUCAUGUUCACUUUGUAAUUGUUCAAUUUUAUAAGGACACAUGUAGGAAUGUUUUAAUUACUGCUGAGUUCUGAUGGUGAAGAGUGAAAUUUUUAACGUAUAAUUUUAUCACAACAAUUUGUUACUCAGUGCGGAGAUUUUUGUUUACAACUUUUUAUCAUAUACGACUGAAGAGUUCGAAUAUUAUCGACGUAAUAAGACAGCAGAUGCUCGGUACAAGAUACAAUUGAUCAUAUAGAUUAUCUUCACACGACUCACCGAUUACCGGUGAUCAGUUGUUUGGAAAUCGAAAUUUAAACACUUUGUUAUCAACAUCGUCGGCAUUAUUGCGCCCAUCGUGAAUUACAAGUGCAGAUCAGACAAAGCUGCAGAUCUGGAUUAUCGGAGUAGUGGUGUUUUAACAGUGACCAAGUACCGUCGAACACCGUUAAUUACAAAUCAACGAUUUAAUCAUCGGGUGAAGUGCUCAGUGAGAAGCGCAGAAAUAGGGGGUCCCAGCGCUAUGCAGAGGGCCAGCAUUGGCGGAGGUCCCGGGCCUCUGGGCCUGCAGGGGCCCCCACGGUCCCUAAAAAUAUCGCCUGUCAAAAUUCAAGAUGAGUCCGGAGACCCUUUGUCCCAAACAAGCAGGACUUCCCACUGCGUCGGAUGCGGUGGACGGAUACACGACCAAUGGAUACUCCGGGUUGCACCUGACCUCGAAUGGCACGCGGCGUGUCUGCGAUGCGCCGAAUGCCAGCAAUUCUUAGACGAAACUUGUACCUGCUUCGUACGCGAUGGGAAAACCUACUGCAAACGAGACUAUGUCAAGUUGUUCGGUACGAAAUGCGACAAGUGCAGCCAGUCCUUUAGUAAAAACGAUUUCGUGAUGCGGGCGAAGAGCAAGAUCUACCAUAUCGAGUGUUUUCGGUGCUCAGCCUGCAUGCGGCAGUUGGUACCCGGCGACGAAUUCGCCCUGAGACACGACGGGCUCUUUUGUCGCCACGACCACGAUGUUCUCGAAGGUGGCAAGCUCUGUUCUGGCCCCGGAGGAGUCCCCGGUAGCGAAAACAACAACAACGCCUCCCUAACGAACAACAACCACCACCUCCAUCCGAACGACGGUUCGAUGUCUGACUCCGGGUCAGAAAGCGGGUCUCACAAGGCUGGAACCGGUGGACCUCGAGGAUCUGGAGGUCACAAAGGUGGCGGUGGAUCCGACGGGAAACCGACCAGGGUGCGGACGGUGCUUAACGAAAAACAGCUACACACCUUGAGGACCUGCUACGCGGCGAAUCCGAGACCGGACGCUCUGAUGAAGGAACAACUCGUCGAGAUGACCGGACUCAGUCCCAGGGUCAUCAGGGUCUGGUUUCAGAACAAACGGUGCAAGGACAAGAAGAAAACCAUCGCCAUGAAGCAACAGAUGCAGCAAGAAAAGUAUUUCCCGUUGCAGGACGGGCGAAAAUUGGGCUUCGGCGGGAUGCACGGGAUCCCAAUGGUAGCCAGCAGUCCGGUACGCCACGAAAGUCCAAUCGGAAUGACGCCCCUCGAGGUCCAAGCGUAUCAACCGCCCUGGAAGGCUCUUUCAGACUUCGCCCUCCACACGGAUCUCGAUCGGCUCGAUCCAAACGCCCCGCCGUUUCAUCACCUGGUCUCGCAGAUGCAUGGCUACGACCUUCACGGAGGACCCCCACCCCCUCUGCCUCCUCCAGGUAUGCUUGGCGGUCCGAUGAGCGACGGAGGCGGCGGUGGAGGCCCUUUGCCACCCCCGGGUGGUCACCACCCUGGCGGAGGUGGUCCGGACAUGGGCCAACACCCGGACAGCACGGAUAGCUACGUGACGUAUCUCGAAAGCGACAGCGACUCCCUUCACCACGACACAGGAAGUCCAUAGUGCCAUCCGCUCAACUUGUGUUGCACCUACCACCAAUCCUCUGCCGUCGUCGCACCUGCAGCCUCGUCCGAAAUAGUACCGUGCAUCACCUACAGCGUGCCCUAGCCAAGAACGUUUAAAAAGCGUUCCAAAACUGUUAUAGUCGGUAAAUAGUGAAGAAAUAGAGGUAGGUGUGUGUGUGCGUGUGUGUGUGUGUGUUUGCAUGUGUGCGUGCGUGCGUGUUUGUGCGCUACUGCUGUUUAAAAUUGUUACCAUCUUUAGUGCGGAACGGAAUAUUGUGCGAAUCAAGUGCGGGCUCGUUGUUCUCAUUAUUAUAAUUAUUUUCUAUUAAUGUUGCAUCUGUUACGUUUUAGCGUACGACAGCGAAAACUGCAGGAAAUAAUCAAUCUGAUCGAAAAGUUGUAAAGCGAUAAGUAUGCAACGCCGAGAAAGUCUCGUUGAUUGUUGUUAUUUUUUUACCUUUCUUUUAACAUUUGAAUUGAUACUCUGUUGUUUCAAUUUUUUAUAAGGGCGUGGGAGUUUGACAGAUUUGCGUAUAACCUUGUAGUGCAAGAUGUAAUUGUAAUUAUCUUAUUGGUUUUUCUCUGCGAAAUUAAUCGAAAAACUAAGGAUCGGUGAUUCGGACUUUAAUGAAUCAGGAUCUGUAUGAACUUUCAUCGUUCAAAAUAUGAAAUUUUAAUUUUCAAGGCAUGAAUAAUAUUAAUUAAUUUUGCGAAGUUUCAUUCUUGGACAAUUGCUCCGGGAAGAUUCAAUCGUGCAACGUCAAUCGAUCGUCAGACAAUAUUUAAGAGUUCUUCCAUCCCACAAUUGCUAAAAUAAAAAUAUUUUCAAACAGGUAACCGUGGGUGACAGAUAUCGCGUGUAUAACUAAUGAAUAUUUCAUUUCGUUAAAUGACGGUCAGGGUUGGAACGAUGCACAUUAAGCAAUCAAUUUUAUUUUCUGUACGACGUUUCGGCAGGCCCCGCCUACCAUCGUCAGGUUUCUUUAAUAUAAACAAUAACACAUUUUUAUAUGACUUACACUUGUUCACUACCUGUCACGUUAAGAAUAUUGCACAGCUGGUUAAUUAUUUAUCUCUAUUACAUCUAAAUACUUUAUACUGUUUUUAAAUUUCAUAAUGUACAUAAACGCCAACGUUUAAUAUUUUAUCUUAUUGUUUAAACUACUAUGGAAGAUUAAAUUUUUUAAACACUUGUAUAAAUCGACAUUCUUUAACGCUUGCGAUGUUAAUCGCAUGGUGUUCGAGAAGGAAGUGAAUACCAACAUAACUAUACCACCAACCGAACUGUUCUCACGAUGGUCAAUUUUAACAACAAUAUUUGUAAGUCAAGUACCUGGUUACGUAUUUGUUUGUGUACUGGCGUAAUUGCUUAAAUAAAAUUCUAUGCCAAUUUCUAUUGACAAUUUAGAUGAUGUCCGAAUAGAGGUCACUCAGGUUUUGUAUGUCAGUUCUUUUGUUGACUCUACUGUUUUUCGAUAUGUGUAACAUUUCCUUGAUAAGCCUUUUGUGCCAGUCGAAACUGCUAUACUAGAACACACCAACAUUGUAUAUAAAAUUGAAUGUAAGGCUGUGACAAGUGUUAUAUAGGCCAAUCGCCACAUCACCUCAAAAAAACGAAUAGCAAAUCAUAAGUAUGAUUUAAAAACGCGUGAUCCUGAUAGAUCUGCUCUGGCUCAGCAUUCAUUGGUUGAAGGGCAUGAUUUCGACUUUAAAAAUGAAAAAAUAGUUGACAAACAAACCAACUGACAUAGAACGCUUAUCAACGAAAUGAUACACAUAUCUAGAAACAAUACAGUCAACAGAAGAACUGCCAUACAAUACCUGAGUCACCUCUAUUCGGACGUCCUCUAAAUUGUCAAUAGAAAUUGGCAUAGAAUUUUAUGUAAGCAAUUACGCCAGUACA